ACUUCUUUUGUCCUUCUCUGUCUUUCUUUUACAUAUUCUUCCUCAGACUCGGCCAUUACUGUAAUAGCAAUGGAUCUGCUCAACAUUCGAUCCCAUUUACAUGAAGGUGCCCGCUAUGCUGCGGGCUCGUUCCUGACACCACUGACGAAUGCCAUUGGUGAGCAAAGAAGGCUAGUCGAAAGUCUCGGCGUUGUCUCUAAAGUCAGAGUAGAAGAAUGUAAACACAUGAUGACAUGGGCAAAGUAUCAGACUGAUGACUUGGGAGAUGUCCUACUCAAGCUGAAUUUACUUAUCCGUAAGAUCAGUGACUAUGAAAUCCGAUUUGGAAUACAAUACGAGCAGUUUCGUGAAAAGAUAAAGUUCCUCAGGACAAAGGAUGACACUCUUUGUGAGAUGGGGCGUCUCCAGACGGAUUUGCAGAGUAAACUCAAGGAAGCAUCCAAGAGUAAAUUGCGGAAUGCCAAAGCUAUGUUGUUGCAAAAGGAACAGGAAGAAAGCAAGAUCAAGAGCGAAAUUACAACAAACCAGCUUCAACAACUCAAACGUAAAAUGAUUAAGGAUGCCUAUACGGAUCAGCUGAAUGCAAUCAUCGAACUGGGUAAAAAAAUGCAAAUCAUUGGCGAGCAUGGAAAACAAUUACUGGAUCAUAUUGAUUUAGACGGCGUAAAAGAGCCUUAUAACGAAGGGAACGAGACAGAGGACAUCCUCCAAGCUGCGCGUAUUGCACUUGAGAAUUGGAAUCUUCUUUUAACGGAUACAGUCGCUAAUCCACCACUUCCAGCUGUUUUGCUUUCCGGAGCGUUUGCUGACUCUUCUAAUAACGACCGGAAAGCAAAGGCGUCUGUUGCGGUAACAACAGAUGCACCACCUCUUCCGCCUCGAUCACCUUCUGUGCCUGGGACACCAGAGCGCGAAAGAGAGAAUAUAAAUGCUGAGCAAUCUGAGGAGGAGAGGCUUCGACACCUCGAAGAACAAGCAAUUAAACAAGCCCUAGAGUUCAGCCUCGCCACAACAACAUCAAAAGUUGUUCAAGGCAAGGACAUUGAUGAUUUGAAUUUGACUGCCGAGGAGCUUCGCUUUAUCAUGGACAGCACGACACCUGAAAAGACAGCAUCGAUCAUUAAACACCAAGGAGGUAGUGCAGCAGACAACUCAGCUAAGGCUGGAAAAGAGAAUGAGUUGAUUGCUGCCAAGGCUGCUGGCGUGCCCAAAGUGAUUAGGAAUUCACAAUCUGUUGAGACAGAGAGUCGCGCUCAAUCUCAACAAGGGCCUCGGCCUUGGGUUUCCAUGAGAAAGCCCAAAAAAGGAGAAGAAGUGCCUGUGGAAGAACUUGGAAAUCCAUCGAGAGUACCAGAGACUAUGGGCGAUAGCCAGGCAGAGACACCAUUGAGUAAAAAGCCAGUGAAGCCAAGUGAACACACAAAGGUCAUGGAGAGCUUGGGUAGAGAAGAAGAGCAACCACUUGAGGGCACAGUCAAUGGACCUACGGCGGUCCCAGAAAGUAUGGGUUAUGACGAGGCUCCUUAUGAGCCUGUGUCUCAAGUACCAGCAUUGGACAAAAGCUGGCGUCAAGAGAUUCAAACCAACCAGCAACAACAACAACAGCAACAUGAGUUAUUAUCUCCAUUCCCACUUUCACCAGAACUCCAGUAUCUUCAAGUUAGUUCGCCGCAAAUGCCUCACCAAUUCUCUCCACAGGGUUCUUCUGGUACUUUGCGCGUGAGUAAUAGCCCACCGUCUUCAGGAUCUGCCAUGAUUAAUAAUUUUCAGUCUCCUACCCCUUACCAGCCUACCACUAAAUAUAUUCCCAACGCGAACAAGCAAAAGAAUCGUCUCUCAGGCACAACCUUGUCAGAUCAAUAUGAAGGAGCCCAGCAAUCUCAAUUGGCCGACCAAAAGGCUUAUCAGUUAGCCCAUCAACAAUCAUACAAGGACUGGAACGACCGUUUACAGAAGCUGCAGAGGCAACAAGAGCAUCAAGAACAAAAUAAACAUCAUUACGAUACUUCACACUCACGUGCAAGUUCAAAGUCCAGCCAACAUCUGUCGGAACAGAGACAACAUCAACGCAACUUGAUGCUCCAACAACAACAGCAGCUACAAGAAUUCUAUUAUACCCCGAAUGAGCAAGAGUACCAGAAGCAACAGAUCAAACAAUUUCAGCAGCAAAACCCUGGAGCAGCGCCGCCUCAGCACACGGCCUGGAACUGGAGCUAUCCUGUUUUUAAUGCAGACGCAGAUUACCGAUAUAAGGAGGAGAUCUAUUAUAAUAACGAUGGUUCCUCACCUACACCAUCACAUAUUUCACUUAUCCCAACAAAUAGUGCGCCAAGCACGCCAACGAACGAAUAUGCUUAUAAAGUGGAAUUGUAGCUUUUGCGUAAUUCAGCAUAUUUUAAUAAAAAAGAAAAGAAAAGU